AUGCGGCAAAUGCGUACUGCGCAUGGACCACCACUGCCCAUGGAUCCACAACUGCGUGGGGUUCAGGAGAACUACAAGCUGUUCUUCUUGCUUGUCACUUACUCUCAGGUAGCCCUCGUCUUCAUUUGUACCACCAUGUUCGAGACGGUCUGGUGGUCCACAAGGAGACUGGUCGACGUGAACGUCGCGACCAUGGCCUGGCUCAUCGGCGCGGAGACCUUCGCCACGUUCCUGGCAGUGCUGGUGGGGAUCUUCCUGCUCUUCCACGUCUGGCUGCAGUCGAAGGCCAUGACCACGGUCGAGUUCUGCGAGAAGCGCCUGAAAGACGCCGCCUACGACACGUCGCGCUACAGCAGGACUCGAGGGUGA